AUGCGUGGCCGAAAGUCUCAAGUCGUCGCCGAAAUCGCCGAAAUUCUCGGUAAUCUGUUUGCGGCGCCCGCGCCCAAUUCGGUAUUUGACUGUGUACCGAUACCAACGGUCGCCAUUGCUGACAGUUAUAAUCAUAAGGUUGUUAAUGUAGUCCGUUCGACAAAUUUGCAUCGAAUAUGCUCACACCUGAACGAGCGAUUUAUUGCUCUUCUGCACCACUCAAUACCGUAA